AUGGAAACCGUGGCGCUGGUGGAAAAUGCUUCAGUUUGCUUUCGUCGGAUUUGGCAUUCAGCUAGGUGCGCUUUAAAGGGUGGUGACUCUGGCUCAAAAAGGCCAAAAUUUGAUCAGGAUGGAUUGGGCGAUAUUGUCAUUCAACCACAUCUAUCUGAUGACAAACCUAUGCAUCUAGACCAAGAAUCAUCAUCAUCUCAUAGAAAUGCUGAGGCAAGCACAUCUACUAGUAUGAAUCCUGCUAAAGCUGAAGAAACGGGUGCAGAUCUUCCGAAAGGAAUGAAUGAUAUGACAAUAAGCGAUGAUAAAGUUGAUGGCCGUAAUAAUGAUAAGGAUGCUGAAGGGGUUACCGUUGAUGGAAAUGGAACAGAAGCUGGCCAGAUCAUUGUGACAACAAUAGGAGGUCAAAAUGGGAAGCCAAAGCAGAAGGUCUCAUACAUGGCAGAGCGCGUCGUUGGGACUGGUUCGUUUGGUGUAGUAUAUCAGGCUAAGUGCUUGGAAACUGGAGAAACUGUUGCCAUUAAGAAGGUGCUGCAGGAUAAGAGAUAUAAGAACAGAGAGCUGCAAACAAUGCAGUUACUUGACCAUCCAAAUGUAGUUCAGCUAAAGCAUCACUUCUUUUCGACAACUGAGAGGGGUGAAGUGUACCUAAACCUUGUACUUGAAUAUGUCUCGGAGACAGUUUAUCGUGUUGCCAAAUAUUAUUGUCGGCUGAACCAGCGUGUACCCAUACUAUAUGUUAAGCUGUAUGCAUAUCAGAUGUGCCGGGCCCUUGCAUAUAUCCAUCGUGUUGUUGGUGUAUGCCAUCGAGAUAUUAAGCCGCAAAAUCUGUUGGUCAAUCCUCAUACGCAUCAACUUAAGCUUUGUGAUUUUGGGAGUGCUAAAAAACUGGUCCCUGGAGAGCCAAACAUCUCAUACAUCUGCUCGCGGUAUUAUAGGGCUCCUGAACUAAUAUUUGGAGCUACAGAGUACACCACAGCAAUUGAUAUCUGGUCUGUUGGUUGUGUAGUAGCUGAGCUUCUGAUUGGCCAGCCUCUGUUUCCUGGAGAAAGUGGCGUUGAUCAGUUGGUUGAAAUUAUAAAGAUUUUGGGUACCCCAACAAGAGAAGAAAUCAGAUGCAUGAACCCAAACUACUCUGAAUUCAAGUUCCCUCAGAUAAAAGCUCAUCCCUGGCACAAGCUUUUUGGUAAGCGCAUGCCACCUGAAGCAGUUGAUCUUGUGUCAAGGCUACUUCAGUACUCACCAAAUCUGCGCUGCACAGCUGUUGAUGCUUGUGCCCAUCCGUUCUUCGAUGAACUGCGGGAUCCCAAGACCUGCUUGCCAAAUGGACGGCCAUUACCACCAUUGUUCAACUUCUCGGGAGCUGAGCUAGAAGGCCUCCCUGUUGAGCUGCUCCACCGGAUCAUUCCCGAACAUAUGAGGAAGUGA